UCGGACGACAUCGUAGAGGAGCCUCAAGGCAAUCACGAUUUGGAUAAAUCGCCAAAUAAUGCGUUACGAGUGCAGGAGGCCAUCCUGAAGGAGCUGGCGCAGGAGGAGGUGCACAAAGUGAGCUGCUACGAUCAAGAUGUGGAAGCAAUGGACGGCGAACCCAAAGAGCUGGCGGCUCACACCCAAACGCUCUCGUUCACCGAAAGCAUGGGCGAUGUUAAAGACGAGCAGCCGCCGGGGUGGACGACGGCCGCCGCCGACAUGAAGUUUGAGUAUCUGCUCUACGGCCACCGCGAUCAGCUGGCAUGCCAAGUGUGCGGAAAGAGCUUCAUCGACGAGAACCGCUUGAGGAAACACGAGAAGCUGCACUCGGCCGACCGGCCGUUCGUCUGUGAGAUCUGCACCAAAGCCUUCACCACUCAAGCGCAUUUAAAGGAGCACCUGAAGAUCCACACGGGCUUCAAGCCGUAUCGCUGCGAAGCCUGCGGGAAGUCGUUCAUCCGCGCGCCGGAUUUGAAGAAACACGAGCGUGUGCACAGCAACGAGCGGCCGUUCAGCUGCCAGAUGUGCGAGAAGGCCUUCAAACACAAGUCGCACCUGAAGGACCACGAGCGCCGCCACCGAGGAGAGAAGCCCUUCGUGUGCGGCUCCUGCACCAAGGCCUUCGCCAAAGCGUCCGAUCUGAAGAGACACGAGAACAACAUGCACAGCGAGCGCAAGCAGCUGCAGAGCGAGACCGAGCA